AUGCGUCCUGAGGUCGAGCAGGAGCUCUCCCACACUCUGCUCAUUGAGCUCCUCGCAUACCAGUUCGCUUCGCCUGUGAGAUGGAUUGAAACUCAAGAUGUCUUCCUCGCCGAGAAGACGGCGGAGCGUGUGGUCGAGAUUGGUCCCGCCGAUACCCUCGGUGUCAUGGCCAAGCGCACCAUAGCUUCCAAGUACGAGGCAUACGAUGCCGCCAAGUCCGUCCAGCGCCAGAUUCUUUGCUACAACAAGGACGCCAAGGAGAUCUACUACGAUGUCGACCCUAUUGAGGAGGAGCCAGAGCCCACCGCUGCCGGCUCGUCAGCGGCAGCGUCUGCCUCGGCGGCUCCUGCUUCUGCUGCUGCCCCUGCUGCCGCCGCUGCUCCCCCACCGCCCAGUGCUGGCCCUGCCCAGGCGGUUGCCGAUGAGCCUGUGCAGGCCGUCGACAUUGUCCGUGCUCUUAUUGCUCAGAAGCUAAAGAAGCCCCUGCUGGAGAUCCCCUUGUCCAAAGCUAUAAAAGAUCUUGUCGGUGGCAAGUCUACCCUUCAGAAUGAGAUCCUCGGUGAUCUUGGCAAGGAAUUUGGCUCAACCCCCGAGAAGCCCGAGGAUACUCCCCUCGACGAGCUUGGUGCUUCUAUGCAGGCUACUUUCAACGGCAGCCUCGGCAAGCAGUCGCAAUCCCUCAUCGCCCGUAUGAUCUCUUCCAAGAUGCCUGGAGGUUUCAACAUGACCUCUGCCCGCAAAUAUCUCGAGACGAGGUGGGGUCUCGGUCCUGGACGCCAGGACGGUGUUCUUCUCCUGUCCCUUACUCUGGAACCCGCCUCCCGUCUCGGAGCCGACGCCGAUGCCAAGGCCUUCUUCGAUUCUGUCGCUCAGCAGUACGCCACCAGCGCUGGAAUCAGCCUGUCUACCGCUUCUGCUGGCGCCGCGGCCGAGGGCAGCGGCGGUGGCAUGAUGAUGGACCCUGCUGCCAUUGACGCUCUCACCAAGGACCAGAGGGCUCUCUUCAAGCAGCAGCUCGAGCUGUUUGCCCGUUACCUCAAGAUGGACCUGCGUGCCGGAGACAAGGCCCACGUCGAGGCCCAAAAGUCCGAAAAGGUGCUGCAGGCCCAGCUCGACCUUUGGACUACCGAGCACGGCGACUUCUACGCCUCUGGUAUUGAGCCCGUCUUCAGCCCGCUCAAGGCCCGCACCUACGAUUCGUCGUGGAACUGGGUCCGUCAGGAUGCCCUCAGCAUGUACUAUGACAUUAUCUUUGGCCGACUCCAGGUUGUCGACCGUGAGAUUGUCAGCCAGUGCAUCCGCAUCAUGAACCGCUCCAACCCCAAGCUGCUCGAGUUCAUGCAGUACCACAUCGACAAUUGCCCCACCGAGCGUGGCGAGACGUACAAGCUCGCCCAGGAGCUUGGCAAGCAGCUGAUUGAGAAUUGCAAGGAUGUCCUCGAAGUCUCCCCUGUCUACAAGGAUGUGGCCGUGCCCACUGGUCCGCGUACAUCGGUCGAUGCUCGCGGCAACCUGAACUACGAGGAGGUUCCUCGCAGCAGCUGUCGCAAGCUCGAGCACUACGUCCAGCAGAUGGCCGAGGGCGGUAAGAUUUCCGAAUACGGCAACCGCACCAAGGUCCAGAACGAUCUCCAGCGCAUCUACAAGCUCAUCAAGCAGCAGCACAAGAUGUCCAAGACGUCCCAGCUCGAGAUUAAGAGCCUCUACGGCGAUGUCCUCCGCUCCCUGUCCAUGAACGAGAGCCAGAUCAUCCCCAAGGACAACGCCAAGGGCAGGAAGGUCAAGAGCGCCGCCCACAGCAAGGGCAAGGUUGAGACCAUCCCCUUCCUUCACCUCAAGAAGAAGACGCUCCACGGCUGGGACUACAGCAAGAAGCUCACCGGUGCUUACCUCAAUUGCCUCGAAGAUGCCGCUAAGUCUGGCGUCACCUACAGCGGCAAGCAUGUUCUCAUGACUGGCGCCGGUGCUGGUUCUAUCGGUGCCGAGGUCCUCCAGGGUCUCGUCAGCGGUGGUGCCAAGGUUGUUGUCACCACCAGUAGGUUCUCUCGCGAGGUCACCGAGUACUACCAGUCCAUGUACACUCGCUUCGGCUCGCGUGGCUCUCAGAUUGUCGUCGUACCCUUCAACCAGGGCAGCAAGCAGGAUGUUGAGGCCCUUAUUGAAUACAUCUAUGACUCCAAGAAUGGUCUGGGCUGGGAUCUAGAUUUCAUCAUUCCCUUCGCCGCCAUCUCGGAGAAUGGUCGCCAGAUCGACUCGAUUGACUCCAAGUCUGAGCUAGCUCACCGCAUCAUGCUUACCAACCUCAUUCGCCUACUGGGUUGCGUCAUGAGCCAGAAGUCCGAGCGCGGCUUCGAGACUCGCCCCGCCCAGGUUGUUCUGCCUCUGUCUCCCAACCACGGUACCUUUGGUAGCGACGGUCUGUACUCCGAGUCCAAGCUGGCUCUGGAGACCCUGUUCAACCGCUGGUACUCGGAGAACUGGGCCAACUACCUUACCAUCUGCGGUGCCGUCAUUGGAUGGACCCGUGGUACUGGUCUCAUGUCCGGCAACAACAUCGUCGCCGAAGGUGUCGAGGCCUUUGGUGUCCGCACCUUCUCUCAGCAGGAGAUGGCUUUCAACCUCCUGGGUCUCAUGUCGCCUGCCAUUGUUGAUCUCUGCCAGGCUGAGCCCAUCUUUGCCGAUCUCAACGGUGGCCUCCAAUUCGUCCCCAACCUCAACGAGGCCAUGACCAAGCUGCGCAAGGAUAUCAUGGAGACGAGCGAGGUCCGCAGGGCUGUCUCCAAGGAGAGUGCCAUCGAGAAUGAAAUUGUCAACGGUGCCGACUCCGAGGUCCUCUACAAGAAGAAGACCAUUGAGCCCCGUGCCAACAUCAAGUUCGACUUCCCCACCCUGCCAGACUGGAAGGAGGAGAUUGCUCCCCUUAACGACAAGCUCCGCGGCAUGGUCGACCUCGAGAAGGUCGUCGUCGUCACCGGUUUUGCUGAGGUUGGUCCCUGGGGUAACUCACGAACCCGUUGGGAGAUGGAGGCCUACGGCGAGUUCUCCCUCGAGGGCUGCGUGGAGAUGGCUUGGAUCAUGGGUCUCAUCAAGAACCACAACGGUCCUAUCAAGGGCAAGCCCUAUGCCGGCUGGGUCGACGCCAAGUCUGGCGACCCUGUCGACGACAAAGACAUCAAGGCCAAAUAUGAGAAAUUCAUCCUCGAGCACUCUGGUAUCCGUCUCAUUGAACCUGAGCUCUUCGACGGCUACGACCCCAACAACAAGCAGCUGCUUCACGAGGUCGUCAUCGAACAGGACCUUGAGCCCUUCGAGGGCUCCAAGGAGACUGCCGAUGAGUUCAAGCGUGAGCACGGUGACAAGGUCGAGAUCUUUGAGAUUCCUGAGAGCAGCGAGUACACGAUUCGUCUCAAGAAAGGUGCUGCCCUCUGGAUCCCCAAGGCCCUGCGCUUCGACCGUCUAGUUGCCGGCCAGAUUCCCACCGGCUGGGACGCCAAGCGCUACGGUAUCCCCGAGGACAUCAUCUCCCAGGUUGACCCCGUCUCCCUGUUCGUUCUCGUGACCACCGCCGAGGCCCUGCUUGCUUGCGGUAUCACCGACCCGUACGAGUUCUACAAGUACGUACAUGUUUCUGAGGUUGGUAACUGCAUUGGUUCCGGCAUGGGUGGCUCUACUGCUCUGCGUGGCAUGCACAAGGACCGCUUCCUGGACAAACCUCUGCAGAACGACAUCCUGCAGGAGUCCUUCAUCAACACCAUGUCUGCCUGGGUCAAUAUGCUUCUCCUCUCGUCGUCCGGUCCCAUCAAGACGCCCGUUGGUGCUUGCGCCACGGCCGUCGAGUCGGUCGACAUUGGAUACGAGACCAUCAUGGAGGGCAAGGCCCGCGUCUGCCUGGUCGGCGGUUUCGACGACUUUGGCGAGGAAGGCUCGUAUGAGUUUGCCAACAUGAAGGCCACCAGCAACACGAAUGAUGAGUUCGACCACGGCCGUACCCCCAAGGAGAUGUCGCGUCCCACGACGACGACGAGGAACGGUUUCAUGGAGUCGCAGGGUUGCGGUAUCCAGGUCAUCAUGACUGCUAAGCUCGCCCUGGACAUGGGUGUCCCCAUCAACGGUGUCCUGGCCCUGACCACGACUGCCUCGGACAAGAUUGGCCGCUCCGUGCCCGCCCCGGGACAGGGUGUCCUCACCACUGCCCGUGAGCAUGCCAGCAAGUUCCCCUCGCCCCUGCUCGACAUCGACUACCGCCGCCGCCAGAUUGAGCGCCGCAAGAAGGCGAUCAAGCAGUGGCAGGAGGAUGAGCUCGAAUACGUCUACGACGAGGUCCAGGCCAUGAAGGCCCAGGGCAGUGAGUUCAACGAGGCCGAGUACGCCCAGGAACGCAUUGACCACAUCGAGAAGGAAGCCGCUCGCCAGGAGAAGGAGCUCCUCCGCAGCAUGGGCAACAACUUCUGGAAGAACGACCCCAGCAUCGCUCCCCUCCGUGGUGCCCUGGCUACCUGGGGCCUGACCAUUGAUGACCUUGACGUCGCCUCGUUCCACGGAACGUCGACCAAGGCCAAUGACAAGAACGAGUCGAGCGUCAUCUGCCAGCAGCUGCGUCACCUCGGCCGCCAGAAGGGCAACGCCGUCAUGGGUAUCUUCCAGAAGUAUCUGACUGGCCACCCCAAGGGUGCCGCCGGUGCCUGGAUGAUGAAUGGCUGUCUGCAGGUGCUCAACACCGGUCUCGUGCCGGGCAACCGUAACGCUGACAAUAUCGACCCCGUCAUGGAGGACUUUGACCUCAUUGUGUACCCCAGCCGCAGCAUUCAGACGGACGGUGUCAAGGCCUUUUCGGUCACGUCAUUUGGUUUCGGCCAGAAGGGUGCCCAGGCCAUUGGUGUCCACCCCAAGUACCUCUUCGCCACUCUGGACGAGGCCACUUACACCAAAUACUGCGCCAAGGUCGAGGCCCGCCAGAAGAAGGCGUAUCGCUACUUCCACAACGGCCUCAUCAACAACACGCUGUUCGUUGCCAAGUCUGAGUCGCCUUACUCCGACAGCCAGCUGAACAGCGUCCUGCUCAACCCUGACGCCAGGGCCAGCGCGGAUGCUAAGACGUCUGAGCUCAAGUACGCCGACAACUUUAUGAAGCAGUCGGAGAAGAAGGUGUCUUCUAGCAGGGCUGGCGAGACGCAGCAGGUCAUGGAGGCUCUGGCCCAGAAGGUGGCCAAUAAGAACAGCCGCGUCGGUGUCGACGUCGAGGAGAUAUCGGCGGUCAACAUUGAGAACGACACAUUCAUCGAGCGCAACUUCACCCCCAACGAGAUUGCCUACUGCCAGAAGGCUCCCAGCCCUCAGAGCUCUUUUGCCGGAAGGUGGAGCGCCAAGGAGGCCGUCUUUAAAUCUCUGGGCGUUGCCAGCAAGGGCGCCGGUGCUGCUAUGAAGGACAUUGAGGUUCUCAGGGACGAGGACACGGGUGCUCCUAUGGUCAGGCUCCGUGGCGAAGCCGCUGCCGCUGCCAAGAAGGCCGGUGUCCAGGACAUUACGCUGUCCAUCUCACACUCGGAUAGCCAGGCCAUUGCUGUCGCCGUUGCCAACUUCUAA